AUGUUUUUUUCUAGCUCCACACAUAGAUGGAGUGUUUUAGUUGAUUAUAUUGAUGAAUUAACCCUAAAAUCAUUGUCUACUACUCAUUGUGAAAGUCACAUUGAAAGUGUUAAAGCAAUAAAAACUCAACUUUUUCAAAUAAAAGAAGCAUUAACAAAAUUAGCUCAAGUGAGUGAUGAUGAAUUAAUUUGGGAAAAUGAGUUUGACUCUGCUAUUAAUGAGGCUAAAGAAAUAGCAGAAAAUAUUGGAGUCGAACCAAAAUUUCCUAUCAAACAUUUAAAAUCUUUAUUUGAUGAUGAAUUAAAAAAAUGUUGUAAGAAACUUGAAACUAGUUUGACAAAUGGUGAGGACCUUGAUAUUAAUGGAAAAGAUUUAUUUAUUGAAUUACAAGUUUUGCAGGAAAUGUUGCCGGAUGAAGCAUACAAAUGUGAACUUCAAUGGACAGCUAUUCAAAUUAUGGAGUUUGCAAAGGAAAUGGACAUGUUUCCCAAUGUGUUGGUGACAUAUAGGAUUUUGUUGACGGUAUCGGUCACGGUUGCUUCCGCGGAAAGAAGUUUUUUGAAAUCAUAUCUUCGAAGUAUCAUGACUCAAAAAAGAUUAAAUGGAUCAACAAUUUUGAGUAUUGAAAGUCAAUUCCUACGAAGUCUUGAUUAUGAUAAAAUAAUAGAUGUUUUCGCUUCAAAAAAUGCAAGGAUGCAUCGAUUUAGAUGA